AACUUUGGGACAAAUAGGAGGAGAGCUGCUCAACAGGAACUCUGGAGAGUUUAGCGUGGGCCGGCCCCUCUCAUCCAAAUCUGCAGGGUUUGCCUCUUUAAGCAGCCAGUAACAAAGGAGCUCCUCCAGAGUGGUCUGUGCUCUGAACAGAACAAGUGAAGCACUCGCGCACACACACACACACACUGAGACGGAUCUGCAGCCAUGCCUCCCCAAAAGUUGUCACUACUGGACGUCUGGAGAAGGAACCGUACUACGCGGCUGAAGAAACCCAAAGAGCUUAAAAUAUGUCCACGCCAGCUCCCGUUGCUGAGGGACCCGGAGGUGGCCGCCUCUCUGGCGCGGCAGAACAUGAAGCUGGUCGGCCUGCUGCCUCCCUCAGGCACCGACGUCUUCCGCCGCCUCACCCCGGAGUCCCUGGCAGAAAUCCAGAGGCGUGCGGCCAAGGGGAAGGGGGAGCAGAAUGAGAGGGAGAGCAAAAAGAAGGAGGAGGAGGAGAAGGAGGAGGAGAGGCCCAAGCCCAGCUGCCACCUGGAGGCCGGCAAAGUCCUGCCCUUCGUCUAUGAGGACCCACCGCCAGAGAUGCUCAACGUUCCCCUGGAGGACCUGGACCCCUUCUACAAAACACAGAAAACCUUCAAUGUCAUCACCACAGGGAACACAAUCUUCAGGUUUAAUGCAGAACCUGCCUGCUACAUUCUCAGUCCCUUCAGUAUUGUUAGGAGAGGAGCCAUCAAACUUCUCCUACAUUCAUUUUUUCGCAAGUUCGUCAUGAUCACCAUUCUACUGAACUGUGUGUUCAUGACAUUCUCAGAUCAAUGGUUGUUUCAUCAGGCAGGAUAUGCGUUCAUUGCUAUCUAUGCCUUUGAGGCGUUGGUCAAAGUGCUGUCCAGGGGCUUCUGCAUUGGCCCUUUUACUUUCCUUCGAGACCCAUGGAACUGGCUGGACGUCCUGGUGCUCGUCUUUGCGGUCCUCAAUGAGCUUAUUGUACUCGACUGGCUUCUCUAUAUGUUCCAAGCACUUAAAAUAAUCCCUCUGAUUCCUGGUCUGAGGGCCACGGCGGGGGCGCUGAUCCAGUCGGUGAGGAAGCUGGCGUCCGCGGUGAUCCUCGGCGUGCUCGGCCUCUGCUUCCUCGCUCUUCUCGGCAUGCAGUUGUUCAUGGGCACACUGCGUUACCGAUGUGUGUUAUGGCCCGCCUUCGACACCACUAACAACAGCUUUUUCAACUUCUCCUCACACAUCAAUAAUAUAACGGCAAACCACUACUUUUUGCCUUACCAGGUAGAUUCACUUCUUUGUGGAAACAGCUCUGAUGCUGGACGUUGCCCAGAGGGAUAUACAUGUCUGAAGACGCUGUUCAACCCGAAUUACGGCUACACAAGCUACGACACCUUUGGCUGGGCCUUCCUGUCCGUCUUCCGCCUCAUGACAUGGGACUUCUGGGAGAACCUGUUCCAGCUGACAGUACGCUCCUCAGGGAUGUCCUCUGUGAUCUUCUACGCGGUCGCUCUCUUCCUGGGCUCCCUCUGCCUCGUCGGCCUCAUCCUGGCCGCGGUGGUCGCUGCCUAUGCAGAGCAGAACGAAGCCGCCGUAGCGGAGGCCAAGCAGAAGGAGAGGGAGCACCGGAAGAUUCUACAGGAGCUGAAGAAACGGGAGGCAAAGUGUGUAGAGAGGCAGAAGAAAAAGGAGGAGGAGUCCAAUGGAUCAGGGCCCAGCGCGCUUGACCAGGACAAACCAGAGCACGUCCCAAGGCCAUGUUUGCAAGGGUGGAACAAGUUUGCCAGUGUGCUCCUGAAAUGGAACUGUUGUCCGCAGUGGGUCACCUUUAAAAAGUGGGUGCACUUUGUGGUGAUGGAUCCGUUUGUGGACCUGGGCAUCACCAUCGUCAUCAUCGUGAACACCAUAUUCAUGGCUAUGGAGCACUAUCCAAUGACAGCAGAGUUUGAGCAAAUGCUGUCCAUUGGAAACCUGGUUUUCAUUGGGAUCUUGACUGCUGAGAUGGUCUUCAAAAUCAUUGCCAUGGACCCGUACUACUACUUCCAGGUUGGCUGGAACAUUUUUGACAGCAUCGUGGUCAUGCUGGGCCUGUUAGAGCUGAUGCUUGCAGAUAUUGAGGGCCUGUCUGUGCUCAGGUCAUUUCGCUUGCUGCGUAUCUUCAGGCUGACCAAAUUCUGGCCCCUCUUCAACAUGCUGCUCAAGAUCAUCCGCAACGCGGUGGUCGCCGUGCGCCACCUGACUCUGCUCCUGGUCCUCGUCGUCUUUGUGUCCUCCGUGGUGGUCAUGCAGCUGUUCGGCGGGAGUUACAGGGACAGAGUCUGCCGCAUCGAUCAGGACUGCGAGCUGCCACGCUGGCACGCGGCCGACUUCUUCCACUCCUUCAUGCUGGUCUUCCGCAUCCUGUGCGGGGAGUGGAUCGAGACCCUGUGGGACUGCAUGGAGGUGGCCGGGCAGCCCCAGUGCAUCACCGUCUUCAUCACCAUUUUGUUCAUCGGCAAACUGCUGCUUCUGAUUCUCUUUGUCGCCUUGCUGCUGACAUCGUUUAGUGGAGACAACAUGGCUGCCAUUGACAAGGGUGGAGAGAUGAACAACCUGCAGAUCGCCAUUGGCAGGAUCACCAGGAGCAGCAACAAGCAGGGUGUGGUGACUGACUCUUCACACCGCAGCAUGGCGGACGCAGCAUACAAACCCGGGCCGGAGGAGCGGGUUGGGAUAGAGGAAGAACCAAAGCAGCGGGACCCUCCAGACUGCUUCAGUGAAGCCUGCUCAAAGCGCUGCCCGUGCCUGAGGGUGGACAUCACUCAGGGCAGUGGGAAGAUUUGGUGGAAGAUCAGGAGAACCUGCUACGCCAUUGUGGAGCACUCAAGCUUUGAAGCCAUCAUCAUUGUCGUGAUCAUGCUCAGCAGCAUAGCUCUGGCCUUUGAGGACAUAAACCUUGAGGAUAGCAGGGUCUUGAAAAUCCUCCUGGAAUAUGCAGAUCAAGUCCUUGCUUAUGUGUUUAUUGUUGAGAUGCUCCUGAAAUGGAUGGGAUAUGGUUUGAAGACCUACUUCACCAAUCCAUGGGGCUGGCUGGAAUUCAUCAUUGUGACUGGUUCUGUACCCAGCAUUACUGUUUACAUGUUGGGCCGCACUGGGCUGGGGGCACUGAGGGCGCUGAGACCUCUGAGGCUUCUGUCCAAAUUUGACGGGACGAGGGUGGUGCUGACCACGCUGUGGCGGGCUACCCCACCCAUCUUCAGUGUGCUACUGGUGGUACUCACUUUCUGGCUUGUCUUCGCCAUCUACGGCAUAAAUCUGUUUGCUGGGAAGUACUACUACUGCUUCAACACCACUGAUGAGAGGCGUUUCCACAUUGAUGAGGUCAACAACAAAUCAGACUGCAUGGAGUUAAUAAUGAUGAACUACACUGAGGUGCGCUGGGUCAACGUAAAGGUCAACUUUGACAGCGUGGCUAAUGGCUACCUCGCCCUACUGCCAGUGGCAACGUUUAAAGGCUGGUUGGAAGUCAUGUACGCAGCUGUGGAUACUCGAAUGGUGGAGGACCAGCCUUUAUAUGAGGAUAAUGUGUACAUGUAUCUGUACUUCGUCAUCUUCAUCAUCUUUGGGUCCUUCUUCUCCUUCAGUCUCUUCAUUGGUGUCCUUAUCGACAACUACAGUCAGCAAAAGGCAAAGUUUGGGAACAUCUUCAUGACAGAGGGACAGCAGAAACAGAGACCUAAGAAGCAGAAGCCCAUUCCCAGACCUUCGAACCGACUCCAGGGCUGUGCAUUCGACUUGGUCACGAAGCCCGCCUUCGACAUCUUCAUCACGGUGAUAAUCUGCCUUUACGCGCUGUCCUUGAUGUUGGAGAGGGACAGCCAAAGCAUGGAGGCGGAAGAGAUCCUCUACUUCAUUCGCCUGGGCUUCAUCAUUGUCUUUACCCUCCAGUGUCUCCUCAAGAUUUUUGCACUCCGAAAAUAUUACUUCACCAUUGGAUGGAAUGUUUUCGACUUUGUAGUGGCCAUUGUCCUCUUAGUGGAGUUGUUUCUGGCAGACCUCAUGUUGAGGUACUUAGUGAUACCCUACAUUCUCCCUGUCCUGUCUCUCAUCCACUAUGUACGAGGAGGCCUCCGAAAUCUUUUAAUUUCUUUGAGGAUGUCACUUCCUGCCCUCUUCAACCUCGGCCUGCUCCUCUUCAUCAUCAUGUUUGUUUACUCCGUCUUCGGCAUGUGGAACUUUGCGUAUGUCGGAAGAAUGGCCGGCAUUGAUGACAUGUUUAACUUUGAGACGUUCGGCAGCAGCAUGCUCUGCAUGUUUCAGAUCACCACAUUGGCUGGCUGGGAUGGGAUUCUAUUCCCUCUCCUGAAUACCCCCCCGGACUGUGACCCAGAUGCAUUCAAUCCUGGCAGUGAUGUCAUGGGGAACUGCGCCAACCUUCCUCUAGGCAUCACAUUCACCUGCAGCUACAUCAUUAUUUCCAUGCUUAUUGUGGUCAACAUGUUCAUUGCCAUCAUCUUGGAGAGCUUCAGUGUGACCGCCACAGUGGGCACGGACCACCUGUGUGAGGAGGACAUAGAGAUGUUCUAUGAGACCUGGGAGAGGUUUGACCCUGAAGCCUCCCAGUAUGUAGACUACAGCCAACUCUCAGACCUCUGCGAUAGUCUGCAAGCUCCUCUGAGGAUUCCCAAACCUAACACAGCCAAAUUGAUUGCCAUGGACCUUCCAGUCGCUCCUGGGGACAAGGUCCACUGCCUGGACAUCCUGGUUGCCCUGGCCUCAGAGUUCUUGGGUGACUCAGGGGAGAUGGGUGCCUUGAAGGAGAGCAUGGAGGAGAGCUUCAAGGAGAAAUAUCCAUCCAAGGUCUCGCAGGAGCCCGUCACCACCACACUAAAGCGCAAGCAGGAGGAAGUGGCAGCCGGGGUCAUCCAGAAUGCCUACCGCAAGCACCUGCUGAAGCAGUCUGGCAAACAAGACAAGACAGAGGGGGCAUUGGAGAAAGGCGGCCAGGCUGCUGAGGAAUACCCAACCAGUAACGGGGUGCGACACUUAGCGGUCUCCAUGGCUGACCAGCCUCUAUCAGAUACUAUUGAAAUGCAACCCUUGAUGUCGCCUGUAGAGGAUGAAUUCCAUGCUGCCCCAGUAGACGUGAUCUUGUAUUCUGCCCCCUCCUCUGCUUCGCAUCCCUCUACACUUGAUGGUAACACAAUAUAGUCUGUUAGUGAGACAGAACCUGUGAGACUGCACCUUGGUCAUCCAAUUGGAAAGCUGUUUUCCUCUCUGAGAUUGCAAAUGUCACCCAAAGUUGCUAAUGUCACUUAAGAUUUAUUCAGGAGUGGCAGGUCUCCACAGUCUACACCCAUUAAUUUGUUGUGGAUUCCUAUAGCUGAUAUAAUGUAGACAGAGAUGUAAAAAGCAAUCAAACUAGGUUUAAUGUUAGCCAUGAUGUCCAUCAGUUGACAUAUCGGAUGUCUCUCUUUGCAGGGCAAUCAGCUACAGGCUGGUCAAGGGCCCCAUUUUUCAGGCCCUUUUUCUGGUAUGGAUGAGAAAUUUGUUCAGGUCACGUAACACUUUCUGUUUCAAUCAGUCAAUCUUAAAUGUUAUCUGAGUCUUUCAAUCAGACAUCCUAUACUUUCAUUUAUUGAGUCAUUUAAACAACCAUUCAAGGAAAAUAAGAUGCAAGAGUCAAAAUUCAAGACUGUGCAAGACAAACAUCUCUGUACCACCCUGUCUUUAACAUCUAAAUUCUAUUGGUGUCUAGGUACAAAAAUCUAUUUGUUGUGUACAUUUUCAGACACCUUCACUGUAGUGGUCUCUUGAAUGGUAAUGCUAUCACUUAAAAAAUGCUCCAGUACCUUUGAGCAAUGAUCUGUCUAUUCAUUAACAUUUUUAUAUAGAACAUAAAAAUUGAUAUUUGCUUAAAUAUUUUAUUCAGUAUAAAGUGAAUUAUCUUCACUUCAAAUAUGAACCUUAGACUUCAUUUCUUCAAGGUUAAUACUUCAAAGAAAAAAAAAAUCUUGCUGGAAAAGUAUAUUUUUACAUUUAAAUACUCAUAGUAUAUACAAGAAAAGAAACUUCAAAUAGCAUGGUUUUCUGCCAAAUAUACAGUAUUUGAGGAAAAGGGUGGUUCUGUGAAAAAUAAAAAAAACAUGAUGUAUCAAACAUUUUAAAAUCUGCCUUCUAGGGGCCACUAACAUAAUGCAUACUUGCUGUAAGAAGAACUAACAACCUAAGUAUUGCAGAGUGAACUUUUAUUGGCUUUGUAACUGACGCAAACUUAUGUAGUGCUCAAAAUAUAUGAACACACUCAAUACAGUGAUUCAACCUGUAAUUUCACUGAGUGAUAGAAAUGCUGGGAAAAAUGUUUGGUGUUCAAGUCUUUAUACAAGCAGUCAGAUGCCUGCACAUAUAUUUCAAGUUUUCAUCAUCAAUAUAAAAGUCUUUUUCGACAAAUGUAACAUUAAACACAUGAAGAAUAUUCAACAUCAUAAAUAAUAAUCUUUACGUAUCCUUUAACAUGUCAAUGCCUUUACCUUUUUAAAUACAUAAAUUGUAAUUCUUAAUUCCGCACAUAUCCACGCAUAUAAACUUUAUGUCCAGAUAUAUAGCCAUGAGGUUCUGUGAUAUAAGCAGGAGAACACUGUACUGAUAAGAAUAGGCCAUAGCCCCUCUAGGCUGCUCAUAAUGCCUGUACCUACAAUGUUUUACUUUGAACAUUUUUACAGAUGUCACAAUCAAUUCAUAAAAAGCAUCACUUAAGGUCUGUCGGCGUCCCCUUGCUUUUGACUCUUUGUUGUUGUGCAUUUUUUACUGGUCUGUAUUAUGUGUGUGUGAAUGUGUGUGGCUGUCAUGGCAGAUACUCUGCUUCUGUCAGUUUUUCAUUUAACAAAAACACACCAUUUGGUGGCAGGCUAGAGGAGUCACGUCUUGCUUCACACCCGCAUGAUUUUCUUUUAAUCUUAUUCUGUUUUUACCCCACAUCACCCUCAGUAACAAGGUU